UUUUUUCCACAAUUAUAUGUUAGACAAUGAAUUCCCAAUGUUUUUGCUACAAGUGUAAAUUCAGCUACAAACCAACCGAUCAAUUUGACAAACAACCACAUGGGAUCUCAAACUUUCAUAUGAAGGAAAUAAGUGGAAACUAUGGCCGUGAAACUCAAAACUUAUCAAAAUUAGACGAAAUACUUAUUACACAUAAAACAUUUAGUGAAUUAUCAGUCAAUCAAAAUGAAAUGUUAAUUGGAAAAAUUGCUCAAUAUAAUCAGUUACUAAAUGUAUCAAUUAUAAAUGACCUAAAGUCAGCCUGCAAACCGGAUGAAAUACACAUUACUCCUGAAUUCGAGAAAUCAGAUCAUACAUCGUGUUCUUCAAAGUCUUUACUUUACACAACAUUUAAAAAUAAAGACUUUUCAGGAAGCUCCUUAUAUAUACCUCUAUAUUAUGUUUGUUAUGACUUCGACUCCACCAGUUACUCUAACAAGGAACGUAUAUUUGGAACAAUAAACAAAAACUCAGUUUGUCCAAGACUAAGAGGAAAUCCGGUGGAAAUAUCUGACAGAAGUACUAUAUAUCAUCAUUCUAUUAAUGUUAGAAAGUUAGUCCCAUGUGCUGUAAUGUACUGGUCAAAUGGAUCUGCCAGUAGUAUCAAUAUACCAACAGUACCCUGUUGCCUGAUCAACUCCCUAUUUAUUUAUCUUCACGGUUAA